CUAGAGAGCAUGAUUGGUCACGACCUUACUUGAACAGGAUCUGUUCUAUAGGAAGUACCUCUGUAUCCUUGAUUUCUAAGGAGACAGGCCCAGUAACCUGGUUGAUGAUUCAUGUCCGUGCGAUCUGAGUGUGAUUAACGGCUACGAUUCUCCUCGGAGAGGCUGUGCUGUAGAGGAUCGCUACCUAGCCUGGUCUCGAACUUGCAAGGGUGGUCGCACGGUUGUCUGACAGGCUCCCUUUUUCUGCACUUCUCACCCCAUAUUUUUAAUAUCUUUCAUUUUCAACCCAAACUUUUGCUUAUAAUUGUUUUUUUGCUUUCUACUUUUUCCACUACUCAAAUGAUACCUCCGCUUAAACCCUCAGCUUGCAGAGAUAAAAGAUAAGGUUCAGAGAGUGAAGCGAAAGUGUGCAAAUGUCUUCUUCAGACGUAGCUCUUUUCUCUUCUAUGAUUCAAUUUCGUUCGUCUUCGUCCAUCCGUAAUGCUCUUCCAACAAUCUUCAAUCUCUCUUCACCAGCCGCGAGUUCGUGCGCAAUCAAAUCGACCCAGAUUCUUAACCGGCGUUUGAGAGCCAAAUCGACGAACUUAUCUCUUUCUUCCAUGCCUCGGAGAGGGUUCGUAUGCAGAGCUGCGGAGUACAAGUUCCCGGAUCCCAUACCCGAAUUCGCCGAAGCUGAGACUAAGAAAUUUAGGGACCAUAUGACAAAGAAACUAUCAAAGAGGGAUCUUUUUGAAGACUCUGUUGAUGAGAUUGUCGGAGUCUGCACUGAGAUCUUCGAGACGUUCUUGCGGAGCGAGUAUGGAGGACCUGGAACACUCUUGGUUGUACCCUUCAUCGACAUGGCUGAUACUCUCAAUGAAAGGGAACUGCCUGGAGGUCCACAAGCCGCACGUGCAGCUAUCAAAUGGGCUCAGGAUCAUGUAGACAAAGAUUGGAAAGAAUGGACCGGCACUGAUUAGUAGCACCUGAACCUCAAAUCAUCAAAAUAUAGUUCAGUACUCAUGUAUUAGAAGAUAUAUUAUUGUCUUUGUAAAACUCUGAAUUUUGCAGAUUUCAGUAUUUUAUUAGUUCUCUUCUUAUAUAAAAUCCUUGGUCUCAUCAUUUGUUUCCCAAGGUGAUCAGUGUAUGGUUGAGUAGAUUCUUCCGAUGUACCAAAUAUGAAUUGAAGAUACCUAAGAUCUGUUAGUUAUAACUUAUAAUGAUUCAAGAUUAAUA